AUGUCUUCCUGUUCAAUACAACACAAACCACUACAAACCAAUGAAAACCGACCAUUCCAUCAUCAAGAAGGAGGACAUCAUUCGUAUGAACGGGUGACAUGCAACAAUACGGAAAUUGAAAACAACCAAUGCCCGCAUAGCUGCCGCACUAAAAAUCAUCAUCAACCAAUAAUUAAAAAAUUAAAAGCAUCAUCGGAAGUGGCGCUCAUCAGCUCGCAAGAUAUCAAUGAUAAUGACCAUUUGAAUCCAGAGAGAUUCUAUCAACAACUACAACAACAACAACAUACCAAUAAUUUAUUAAUUCGGGAGCACACCGAACAAGGUUUUACUUUUACUCCAUUCUUUCAAAACAACAAUAUUGAUUCAUAUCAUCAUUCCAAUAGCAUCAUUAAUAAUAACAACCUUUCUAUCAGAAAAACCAUGAUUCGGAAACGAACGAAUUUAAUCUCAUCAUGUACAGCUGCUUACAGCUAUUCCAAUUCAGAAAAGAGUAUUUUCAGAAAGCGGAGCCUCACGUUCUCGCAGCAAAUUUUGAGUCGUUUGGCAUCAUGGAUCCAUGCAUUUGUCAUAUUAUCAAUGAUGUUAUGUGUGUCAAAUGUUGUGGGUAUUGUCAGUUUGUCGUCUUCAUCUAAUAACAGUGUGAACACCUCACAACCUUCACCUCAUUCCAAUUCAAUUUUAUUGGAAUCCUUGACGAAAGACAUUUCUUUUCGCUCACAUCAAUUUUGGAACACAACUUCUAUUCUGGCAGAUGCAGUUGCCUCUUUUCAUGCAACAGAAACGACCACUAAUUUAUUAACUCAUAACCAUUCUUCAUCGGCGUCUUCUAUUAACGAACAUCCUCACUGGCUUCUUCAAAGCUUGUACGUCCAUUUGAAGGAUUUUGCAAAGAGCGCCACACGAUCAGAUUUUGACACGAAUACUCGACUUAUCCUAUUCGUCAAUGCUGCUCAAACAAGAGCACUCAAAACAGCCUUAGAAGAGCCUUCUCUUUCUUUCCCUCCCACGACUUUGGAGCUAUUAUAUACGGAAUCUUCACUGUAUGGGCCCUUCAUGGAUCUGAGCAAUGAGACAGGAUUAACCUCAAUAUUUAUGAAAAACAUUCCCUAUUUUGAGAACAAUACUAACAAGAUAUAUGAUUCAAACAAAUUGCCAGUAUCAGAAGCUUUUAAAAAUUUUACAAAGGAAAAUUAUGAUUUAUUAUCUGUAAUGUUUUCCAAGACACAGAACAUGUUUACAUCAUCCUCACAACUGUUGAAUGAUACCACCAAUACUAUGCAUUUUAUUUUACACGAUCCUGUAUUAUUUUCAAGUCAACGAGAAUUGAAGCCUACGACUCUCAAAGCUGGAACAUCAACAUAUUCUGGCAACGAUGGCAUGUAUUUAUUUAGUGCAGUUUCAAGUGACGGACAACAAAUUCUUGUACUUCCGGUACUGGAGCAGUAUAAAACUGGAUUGCUCUCGAGGUAUGAGAAAUGGUUAGGAAUUGAAGAUUUUUGCUCAUACAACAAUGUGAAAAUGGCUGCUCUAGAAUCGGGCUCUUUUUUGGAGCCACAUUCAAAUGGUAUCAAUACAAAAGAGUGGUUACAAUCCAUUAGAUCUCUCAGCGUACCUUUGCCCUUUUUAAAAUUUGUGGAAACAACAAGUAGCUUCAAUAUUUCAGAAAAAUUCUCUGUAAGCGCCUCAAGCAUACGAAGCUUUAAGUUCUGCAUUUACAAAGACGCUGACAACAAGUAUCAUUUUUUAGGAGCCAUUUUGUUUGACAAUGGUCAAUUACUGACAUGGCUUGACGAUUUUAGAGAAGGAAUGAAACUUUCAAGCCAUGGUGCUUCAAACUUUAUUCAACUUGAGUCAUCCUAUCGAAGACUUUAUGCUUUGGAGCAAAAUGGAACUCUAUUUAGAAUCGAGGACAACUUCUCUGUUGACAAUGCGACAAGUUUGCUUCAUCAAUAUCGUAUGGCUCCUGAAAACAAGGGAAGCGAAGAAUUGCGCAUUGUUUCAUUUGCCAUCGACAAGACAUACUCUAAUGAGACUUCGCGUGAUAUUGAUUCGAUCAUGCUAUUGGUGACAUAUAACAACAUUGAUUACAUUUAUAUGAAAGGUAAUAACCAGUUUUGUCAAAUCAAUACUGCAUUCUGUCUUUCCAGAGAUUCCGAUCAACUAAUUAUUGAUACAUACUCGCUCACAUACUCUCCAUUGGUUGAUUGGAAGCGAGUAACUAACAUUUUCUAUAAUAGCGGUGGAUGUGUGGUUACCUUAAAUUCGGGAACAUUAAUAGUUUGGGGCAACAACAAGAAUUCAAAAUUGGGCAUUUCUUCUAUAUCAAUCGCUCCAUAUCCUGUACCUGUUGAUUUUAAUUUCCCUACAGCUCAAGAAUCAGUGUGGAAAUAUUACGUUCUGGAUAGCUUUUCACUAUUCUUGACCAAUCAAAAAAGAAUUUUCCUUGUAGCCAAGUUUGAUAAUGACAGCGAGCACUACAACAUUAAGGUGCUCAAUACGAAUUUAAAUUUACAAAUGCAAACUCAACUUGAAAGCUCUAGUAUUUAUCAGGAAAUUUUACCUGAGUUUAGAAAUUUGGAUGUUUUGAAUGACAUUUUGCAAAUUCCCCAAUUAGUUCAAACACAGUUUGACAGCUCAAGUAUAUCAGUACCAAGCGCGUUGUUCUUCAUUGGAGCCUCAACUUCACGCGUGCUAAGAUUUAUUACCGCUGUUACCAACUUUAACAAUUUUGGAACAGGCUAUUAUAACAGCGGAUGUGGGUCACUUCCUCUCAACGUAGUUUUUACCUUUUCCACGAUUUCGCAAAUUGGUGAUAUCAGAGGUGGUGGCUUCCACAGCCAGGGCACCUUUGGUUCUUCAUAUCUGGUAAAAGAUGAUAAAUCCUGGAGAAUUUGGGGGCCUGCUCACACUUUGGUCAACACCUCGCAAUUAACUCAAUUUACCGACUUGAUUGCUGUGACACUGAGUGAUACCUACUCAUUGACAUUGCUAAAGCAUAACAAUCAAAGUAUGGUUUUCUCAACGGAAGGACAGCAACCAUUCUACAUGGAGACAGCCACCAAUAAGUAUGAAACUGUUAGAUUGCCUGAUGGAGGAAGCCUAGUGUCAUUUGACCUAUUUUCAGGAUACUCAUUCAAAGAAAACAAUAAUUCAGACGUUAAUUGUGCACUCUCCUCACUUGGAAAUUUAUUCUGCUGGGGCGGCUUACUAAAAAGAAUGGUUGUAGCUAAUUUCAAUCCAACACUUGAAGGAAAUCCGCUAUACAAUGUGAUUUUUACCAACAUUAGCUUGGUGCGCUUCAAUAUCCCAUGCAACCUAUUUAGUGUAAGCACUGGGCACAUUGCAAUUUUUGGAAUGGACCAUAGAAUUUACAAUAUUGGAAUGAGUAUGUUUAAGGCUUCAAAGUUAUUGACCGGUGCAGGUAGUAAUUUAUUGCCUCCUUUUGUGUUUUAUGGCACAGAAGCCUUCAGGAAAGACUUGACAUUUGAAUUAUACGUCAACACUGCCACAUUGUCCACUCCUUCCGUAUGCAAGAAGAUUGUCUCGCUCAUGAGUAGCACUUUUUGUCUUGGAACUGAUAACAAAUUAUACUAUCAACUAUUGUUGCCCCAUAUUUUGGCAAAUAGUUCUGUUAGCAUUGGAAAUUAUUUUGGCUCAUGUCCAUCAGGGGCACAGUAUUACCACCAUGUUACAACAACAAGUAGUGGUUUCAACUCAUCCUUACUGAUUCCGUUCCCCAAGACUGAACUAUAUUCUGUUGUAGAUAUUGAUGGCGAUGAUUUUACGUUACUCAUUUUAACCAGUACUGACAAGUUAUUCAAAUUUUCUUAUUUUGGGCCUUUUGAUCCUUUCUUAAAGUACCAUUCAUCAUGCUCUACAGAUCUACUAGAGUCCGUUUACAGCACCUUUAGUCCUGUUUUCACUGGAAAUAGAAAAGUUGUGUCCAUGAAAUGUUCACGAGGUGACGCAUUGUUUACUAUUGAUUCUUCCAAAUGUGCCGAUGGCUACUUUGGAAAUGAUUGCUCUAUUGAGGGUUCUUGUAUGGAUGCUCAGAGCGAAGGGCUUUAUUGUGCUGAGAGUCAGUUUGUUUCACUUCCAAAUGGUGGUAAGGCACCAAAAACUGAACAAUCUUCAUAUUGUUGGUUUGGCAAAUGUCUAUGUAAAAGCGGCUACACUGGAGUUAGCUGUAAUAUUCCUAUUUGUUACAAUUUGACCAGUUUUGGUUCACAGAAAAUUGCAUGUGGUGGCUUGGAUCGAGGCGUUUGUGUUGCACCCGAUACAUGUCAAUGCCAAAAUGGAUUGUUUAGCGGCAAUGAAUGUGAAUUGAGCGUACCUCCAUCUGCUACCAUGAUCAUAGGAGAUUCCUCAAUCACUAAUACUGGAAAAUAUGGCAUUAAUCAGUCGGGCUCAAUCAUUGAUUCAGCAGUGUCACAAAUUUGCAACAUGCAGCUUGUUAUUUCAACGACCUUAUCAUUGCAAAUGGCAUCAAACUUCUCAUUUACCUAUGAAAUAACUUCGUACAGCAAUGAUAGAAUUGCUACUCCUAUUAUAAGCUUGAAGAAUUCAACAUUGGUCGUGCCUUCUUCUCUCUUGUCGACUAUGAAAAAUUAUAACAUUUCCUUGACCGUUUCGAAUUUGAAGAACAAUGCAAGCACAACAGUAUUUUUCUUAAUUGAACACCUUGACUGUAGUUCAUUUGGUAUUUAUUGCUUCAAAGAUGGAGAUUGUGGCCAAAACAUGAUCGGAGGAACUUGCAAUAUUUCGAUAGGAGCUUGUACAUGCUAUAAUAAUUACUUUGGACCUACGUGCAGCACACCUGCUACAUUCUAUGAGCCAAAUAUUUCACUUACUUUUGAUCCAAGCUUUUCAACUGGUCAACACGCAACGGCGAAAUUAUUCAAAGAUUCAGACAAGCUUUUCUUAGAUGCAAGCAACACCAUUUUCUCUCCAUCCAAACAUGGAAGCGUUCAGAAAUAUUUUUGGAGAGCAACAGUGAACACAAGCAAUAGCACUCUUUGGAAUAAGCUCAUUUACAACAAAAUCGCUCACAUCACACAGGAGAGUUUAGCAUGGAUCGUGAAUGGAACAGAUUUACUUCCAUCCGUUUCAUAUGACCUUGAAUUUGUCGUUCAAACAUUCCUUCCAGAAGCUGGAGAAAAGAAACGAUCUAUAUUCAACUCUCAAAAGCAAUUAUACAAUAUGGUAUUAGAAAACUCUCAAACCAUACAAGUAUCGAAAAAUGCAAGCAAGAGUUUAGUCGCCCAAAUCGAUGGAGGCCUCAUUGAAGAAUAUUUACCACUGUACGCCAUUAGAACCUCCUUACAGAACCAAGUAUUUGUUAACUCAUUCGAAAAUAUUUACAUCCCUUCAAUACAAUCGGAUGGUACCAUCAAAUUGUCGUCAACAAGUUUCGAUCCUGAGGAUUUACCUUUACUUGGAGAAUUUUACGAAAGAUAUAACUGGAGCUGCUACAAAAUUGCUGGACAUGGCUACAGCGCUCCAAGUGUGAGUCAAGUUCGUACCGAUGUAGAAUCUAACUUACUCACACCAUGCUCGUUAACACCAAGUGUUGUUUUAUCUAAAUCCUCACUGCGCAUUCCAACUAAUGUACUUGACUAUUAUUCAACCUAUGUUAUCAUAUUGGACUACUCGAUCAAUACCCGAACUAGCUCUACAUUUAAAUUGUUACGAACUUUGAAUCAAAAUGAGAACUGGUCCGUUCGAGUGUAUCCAACCAUUAGAGGACCAUUUUUUGAUGCCUCCAAAAGCACAGUAUUAAGCGGAGAGAUUGUUCCUGGAGGAAUGUUUUUAUCAGGAGUUACAAACCUCACUUGGGAAUGGACAGUGAACUAUUGGGGUAAGGAGAAAGCUCCUCUGAACACUCCAAUUCUAUUCAAGAAAUCAAGUAAUUCAGUUCUGUUUAUUGAACCAAAAGCCAUGCUUGCAUAUGAGAGCGCUCUUGAUAGCGGAGCUAGUAUUUAUGAAUUCACAGUGAGAGCCAAAAUCAAUAAUCAAUAUUGGACUAGUACCUCUUUCACUAGAAAGGUAGCAUCAGUACAGUCUCGUACUCUAAUAUAUGACAGGGUCAAAAUUAGUCCUGUGGUACCUGGAAUGAAUAGACCAUUGAUUGACAAGUUCUCAAUUAGAAUUCCCGCUGUCAAUAGCGAUAUUAGUGGAAACAUGAAAUAUGAGGUUUAUUAUUCAAUUUCAGACGAGAAUUCAGAUUCUACACUUCGACUGUUGGCAAGUAAGACUCGAUCGAAUGAAAUUGUUACUUUCCUUCCGCUAUCGCAUACUUCAGCCUUAGAUAUCCAUGUGUUUGCAUUGAUAUAUGAUGAAAGUUUAGAGUCAGAAAACUUUUAUUAUUGGAUCUCAUCAGAACGUGUCAACCUUGCUAACAAUUCUACUCUCAUUGCCAACAAUACUCUUACUAAUGGGUUAGCAUAUCUAAACACCAUUUCAUCAAUGCUUGACAACAUUCAACAGAAUAUAACUCAAAUACUUCCUGACAUUGAGUUGAUAAUGGCGAGAAAUGGUCUGCAAUAUUUCGAUCCAUCCUUGCUAACAGAUCUUUUCCUAACUCUAGAUAAGCUUUGUGAAACUUUGAAUGAAUUAGCAAAAACACCAGAAAUGAGAUCCGUUGCUUUCUCCUCAAUUGAACCUGACAUUAGAAAAAAGAUUUUACAAGUAGCGCUCUCUACAAAACAAAAAUUAUUACAAGUCUCCAUCAUGUCCAAAGACUCAAAAAUUAGAAGUAUGACCUAUUUAUUGCAACUCAUCAAUUCAAUAGUGAAGCAAUCAUCCAACUUGUCCUUAGACUCAAUCAGUGAAUUGAUUGUUCAGUUACUGCAGCCAUUGCUCGUUCAUAAUAUGAAAACUAUGAACAAGUUCAUCACAUCCAAGAUUAAUAUUGUGGACAAACGACCUGGCUUAAACACCAACAGUUUCUCAAAUAAGCUUCAAUCCAUUUCUGAAACAUUUUUAUCAGUACUUGAUUCUUUGCUGUCUACACCUGCAGCACUUAGUCAUAUUGUAAUGCCAACGGAGGACCAAACAUUGUCGAGCUUUUGUCAAAAAUGGAUUCAUCUAUUAUCAUUAAGAUUAGUAGAAGAGUCAGAACCUUCCGAAACAUUUUCUCUAAUUAAUAAGAAUGUGGAAAUUGCAUACCGAAGAGAUUUAUUGAAUCGGUUGCUUGGUAAUGAUGUAGAGCAUGACAACUCCAUGAAAUUGGACUACCUCAAUGAUACCAGAGAGUGGAAAGUGAAUGGAGAUUUACUUGUGGUUCAACUUCCAGAUGAAAUUAAGCAGCAAAGUCUUUUCAUCUCUGAUAUUGAUAUCGAUGCCGAGACAACCACUCAACACACAGCUCGAAAAUUGUCGCUCGGAGAUUCAACACAAAACGUUGUUACUUCGUUUGAUGUGACUUCUCCAUUACCUCUAAAUAUUUCGGAUCAAUUUGUUGGUUUCAAGAUUGUAACAUUUAAGAAUUUGGACACGAACAAUUCUCAAAAUCUUCUUGGAAAUGCAAUGAUCAGUGUAGAAUUCUUGUACAAUCAACAACCAUUGAAAUUAAGACAACUCAAAUCUCCGAUAGAAAUGGUAUUCUUUGCAGAUCCAUCAAUUUACUUGCCGAAUUAUUUGUGGCUUGGAGGAGGUUGUCAUUAUUGGAAUGAAACCACAGAGCAGUGGUCUAAAGAUGGAUGCACUACAGUUGCCUCCUAUGCAAUCUUUGGGAAUGCAAAACCAUCUGGAAAUUUGAUUUCUUCCAAUUUGAAUCCCACAUUUAACAGAAUUUAUUGUAGUUGCAACCAUACGACUCUCUUUGCAGUGUUGCAAACCAAUACUUCCAAUAUUGCAACAGUUCAGAACUUUACCAACAAGAUUUGGGGAGAUUUGACCUCUAAUUCGCUCAUUAUUUUCUUUUGCAUUUUCCAGAUUGUCUUUAUGCUCAUGAUCAAAACCAAGCACAAUAUUGCUCUCAAAUUCCGUGGUUUAAUACCAUUCUAUGGUACAGGUGUUCUUUUACUGGAGGCAAUAUUUACUCUCAUAAGAGACGGUAUGAUUAUGAAUAUUUUCCUGACAGGAGUACAAAUACCGUAUAUGGACACCAUCGAUGGCACCUUGAGAACUGUGGUGGAUCCAUUAUUUAGUACCAUGAUUUUUGCAUAUACUGUUAGCAUCUGGCAAUACUAUCACAAGGAACGAUUCCAAUAUCUCAUGAAAAAAUACCAAGAGAAGGAUGAAAAAUAUUCAAUUCGAAGAUAUGUGAAAUUUACAUCACGGUCCUAUCUCGUCAUGCCAUGCUUGCUUUUAUACACAGCACAAUUAGUGGCGUACACCAUUCUGUUGGUACUGGCUUCUGUCUCUAUUUUAAAUUUCAAAUUAGUAUUUUCUAUUUUUAGUUUAAUUCGAGGAGGAAUAAUUGCUGCAAGUGUGUUGUCAGCAUUUUUCUUGAUGAUUUUUGUUGAACUGGUCAUGAAAAGGAUGCUCAAUUUUAAUGAUGUGAAAAACGAUGGAUUUUUAAAGUUUGAAGGUACUUUCAAUGGAGAUGUUUACUUGUUCAAACUUGAAUGGCUUGCCUACAUGUUUAUGGCCAGUUUAUUGGUUCUCGCAGAGGGCUAUGACAUUAUGAAUAUUCUUGUACCGAAUCUUUAUAGCAACACAUUUCCUGAAGGUUCAGUAUCAUUCCAACUUUAUAGUCGACAGGCACAUAUUCACAUGCUAGAAAUUGCACCAAUUAUACUUUUAUUUAUCAUCAAGUGUUUGGUGUUAUUGGUAUACGGAGGAUUUAUUUCUUGCAUGACUGCUAGAAAACAUACAUUAUGCUGUCUCGCUGGUUCACAUACGGAUACCACUUCAGAUAGUGAAUUAUUGGAUGUAGUCAAUGAUCCAGUAUUGGGUCCUCUCUUUGAAUCGUAUUGCAUGAAAGAAUUUUCAUUACCGCUUGUGUACUUGUACAAACAAUUGGUAGAUAUUUGUGCAUUUGAUGGACCUCAUUCCAUGUUUGAACGAUCGCAACAUGUCAGAAAGAUUUACAAACGAUUUUUGAAAAAGUACAGUCCAUUCCCUGUACCAAUCAAUAGAAAGACAAUGAGAAUGUUCCACAUUAGAAAAGAUCAAGAUGAAGCCAUUACAGCUCAGGAAUUGGAGGAUUUAAUUUCGAUACUCAAAGUGGAAACCACUGAUGCUCUCAUGGGUAUUUAUUGGAGAUUUAAAAAAACAGAAGCUUACAAGAAGAAUGAAAAGAAGAGUGUUGUAAAUCCCUAUCUCAAUGAGGAUUUGUAA